AUUAGCCUUUUAUUCACACUCUACAAACUAUACAAGAGGAUCCGGUAGACAGAUGUAGCCGCCGAACUCGCCUGCUAGCCGAUGAAGAAAGACUGACUGCUGGUCUCUAACGUUACCUCUCUUCAGUCGAGCAGUUAUGGACGGGGUUGUGGGUGAUCCACCACAGUUAUGGAUGUGUUAAUGGAUACAGGCCACAAAAACGAUCUAUAUUUGAUUUUAUAUUAUAUAGUUCUUGACUGGCUGAGUUUCUACAGUGUCCAGGAUUAAACCGCGCUGUCUCGGGCUAGCAGUUACAGUUAAAUGUGUGGUACGAGUUAGCUGAGGGUCUGUGACUGAGAGCUAGGUUAGCUAGUUAGCAAACUUAGUUUGAGUUGGGCUCAGUGGCCGUUAGCGGCCGUUUUUGAUAAUCUAACGGUUCAUUUCCCUGCAAAGAUGUCGUUUUUCAAUUUACGGAAGAUAUUCAAGCUGGGCUCUGAGAAGAAGAAGAAACAGUAUGAACACGUUCACAGAGACGUUAAUCCAGAGGAGGAAUGGGAAAUUGUGGGGGAGCUCGGAGAUGGAGCCUUUGGGAAGGUGUACAAGGCUCAGAGUAAGCAAACAGGUGUUCUGGCUGCUGCUAAAGUGAUAGAUACCAAGACAGAGGAAGAGUUGGAAGACUACAUGGUAGAGAUUGACAUACUUGCCUCUUGUGAUCAUCAUUACAUCGUCAAGCUGCUUGAUGCCUACUACUACGAUAACAAACUAUGGAUUCUUAUUGAGUUUUGUGCUGGAGGUGCGGUUGAUGCUGUUAUGUUGGAGCUGGAGCGGUCGCUGACUGAGCCACAGAUCCGGGUGGUGUGUAAACAGACCCUGGAGGCGCUGACUUAUCUCCACGAGAAUAAGAUCAUCCAUAGAGAUCUGAAAGCUGGAAAUAUUCUCUUUACCUCAGAUGGUGACGUCAAGCUGGCUGACUUUGGAGUGUCUGCAAAAAACACAAAGACUCUUCAGAGAAGAGAUUCUUUCAUUGGAACUCCUUACUGGAUGGCUCCUGAAGUGGUUAUGUGUGAGACAUCGAAGGACAGGCCAUAUGACUACAAAGCGGACAUCUGGUCCCUAGGGAUCACACUGAUUGAGCUGGCACAGAUUGAGCCACCCAAUCAUGAGAUGAACCCUAUGAGAGUCCUGCUCAAAAUAGCCAAGUCUGAGCCCCCCACACUCCUGCAGCCCUCGCGGUGGUCUCCAGAAUUCAGUGAUUUCUUGAAGAAAGCACUGGAUAAGAAUGUUGAUCAGAGAUGGAGUGCAACACAGCUCCUGCAGCAUCCAUUUGUUUCAAGUGUAACUGAUAACAAACCUUUGCGUGAGCUAAUUGCUGAGGCCAAAGCUGAAGUGUUUGAAGAGAUUGAGGAAGGCAAAGAAGAGGAGGAGGAAGAGGAGCCAGAAACACAGCUGGAUGUGCCAAGACACAAGCGAGCGCUGUCUGAAACCAGUGUUGGCAGCUUAGAGGAUGACAAGUUGUCUCAGAAUAUGUCUAUGCCAGAGUCAAUUUCUGAGGGUUCUGAGCCACAGGUAGAACCUAGCACAGUUGAGGACAGCAAGAGGACCUCAGUUGUGGGUCUGAACUCAAGAGAAGCUGGCCAUGCUGAGGAGGAGAGGAAAAAAAUGGUCACUGAAAGAGACCUCAAUUCUGAAGACUCAAAUGCUGGAGACGAAAGCAUGUCAAAGCAUGAAGAAAUCCAGACUCCAGAAACUAUUGCUGAGGAGAAGAUUCCUGAAGAACCAAGUGCUCCAACACAAAACAACGCAGAGAUCCAGGAGACUGCUGUCCAGAAGAUUGUGACUGUCAGUGAGGAGACAGGAGAGGAGGAGAAGGAGGAGGUUAUGACAGAAGAGCAAUCAGAGAACCAAGAUGAGGAAAAGAAAACUGAUGAGGUUCUAACAGAUCAAGAGCUGAGGAAGACAGAGGAAACUGGCAAAGAGGCAGGAGAAGAAAGUACUGAACAAAAGGAAGGAACUAUAACAGAGGUCAAAGAUAACAGUGUUCCUGAAGUAGCCGUUAUUGAAUCGAGUGAGGCUAUCCUAGAUGUCACAGGAGAGAAAGGGGACUCGGUGGAGGCUAAAGAUGAGAUGGAAAAGAAGGAGCUGGAGAACAUAGACAAAGAAGCAUCUGUUCACAUGCCUGCAGGGGAGGAGAACAAAGAAGAGGAGGAGGAAUACAAGAAGCCCCAGCAGGAAGACCUAGAGGACCAGCCUAAAGCUGAAACAGAAUCUAAGUCAAGGCCAGAUGAGGGCCAAACUGAGACACCAGCAGAUGCACUUCUAGAAGACAUUCCUUCUGAGAAAGAAAAAAGAGUGAAUGAAAGUGAGGAGACCUCUGUGGAUGUGGAACCUGUCACUGAAAUCAAUGGGCAAAAGGAGGAUAAAGACAGUGCAUCAAAAGAGGUUCCAGAAACAACUGUGGAGCAGUUGGCAUCCUCUGAAGCAGCUCCAGAGGGGGUUGUGGAACAAAACUCAGCUGCAGCAGUUAAACCUGAUGUUGAGAAGGAUUCUGAUUCUGGAAGUAGCUCUGCAGCAGAUACCAACAGCAUUGACAUAAAUCUUUCUAUCUCCAGCUUCCUAUCAAAAAGCAAGGAGGGAUCUAUUUCUAUUCAAGACGCCAAACGUCAGAAGAAGACUCUGAAAAAGACUCGCAAGUUUUUGGUUGAUGGUGUGGAAGUAAGCGUGACCACUUCAAAGAUAAUUACUGACAAUGACACCAAGAGUGAGGAACUAAGGUUUCUGAGGCGUCAGGAGCUGCGUGAGCUAAGGCUGCUACAGAAGGAGGAGCAGCGAGCCCAUCAGCAGCUCAGCAAUAAGCUGCAACAACAGAAAGAGCAAUUGUUUCGGCGCUUUGAGCAGGAGAUGACUGGUAAGAAACGCCAGUAUGACCAGGAGGUGGAGAACCUGGAAAAGCAGCAGAAGCAAGCCAUAGAGCGUAUGGAACAAGACCACACCAAUCGACUGAGGGAUGAGGCUAAAAGGAUCAAAUCAGAGCAGGAUAAGGAGCUCUCAAAGUUCCAGAACAUGCUCAAGAAUCGCAAGAAAGAGGUCAAACAGGAGGUCUGCCUGUCACCCAAACAUAUGAGAAAAGAGCUCAUGAAACGCUUAAAGGAAGACCUAGCUGUUGUUCAGGAAGAAGAGGAGCAGGAGUUUCUGCAGAAGCAGCAGCAGGAGCUGGAUAGUGCUCUGAAGAAGAUCAUCCAGCAGCACAAACUGGAGAUUGCUACCAUAGAGAGAGACUGUCUUAACCACAAGCAGCAGCUCUUGAGAGCUCGUGAAGCAGCCAUGUGGGAGCUGGAGGAGCGCCACCUACAGGAGAAGCACCAGUUACUGAAACAGCAGCUUAAAGAUCAGUAUUUCAUGCAGAGGCACCAGCUUCUAAAACGACAUGAAAAGGAGAUGGAACAGAUGCAGGGCUAUAAUCAGCGGCUGGUAGAAGAGAUGAAGAACAGGCAGGCUCAGGAAAGAGGCCGUCUACCAAAGAUCCAGCGCGGUGAGGCUAAGACUCGCAUGGCCAUGUUUAAGAAGAGCUUGCGCAUCACUGCCACAGGGACCCCAGAGCAGGACAGAGAGAAAAUUAAACAGUUUGCUGUACAGGAGGAGAAGCGACAGAAGAACGAGAGACUGCAUCAGCACCAGAAGCAUGAGAACCAGAUGAGAGACCUCCAGCUUCAGUGUGACUCCAACAUUAGGGAGCUGCAACAGCUACAGAAUGAGAAGUGCCACCUGCUGAUUGAGCAUGAGACUCAGAAGCUGAAGGAGCUGGACGAGGAGCACAGCCAGGAGCUUAAAGAAUGGAGAGAGAAACUUCGUCCCAGGAAGAAGGCUCUUGAGGAGGAGUUCACUCGGAAGCUGCAAGAGCAGGAAGUCUUCUUUAAGAUGAGUGGAGAGUCAGAGUGCCUUAACCCCACCGCCCAAAGCAGAGUCUCCAAGUUCUACCCCAUCCCUAGUGUGCACUCUUCUGGCUCAUAACCCCUGUAAUUGUUCUGUAUCGCAGGCACUAGCAUGUAGAACAGCUCAGCCUGACGGUCAGUCGCUGUCCUACUGGAUGUGUCAGGAGGAACAUUGGGUUAUGACAAGAAUUGGUCAUAUCAGCAUGUUUUUUUUUUUUUCUUUUUUAAAUAUAUAAGUAUGAAAGUAACAGUGCAACAUUUCAGCAGUGCAGAAGGGGUUAACUUAUGCAUUACCUUGACAUGCUGUACAACUAUGAAUCCAAUGGAUUAACGUUUUAUUUUUAUUUCUCUAGUCUGCUGGGGUGUUGCGUGAUGGUUAGCACAGAUUCAUGAUGGGCACACUCAGAUGGUUGUUUUCUUUUGAGGAAUUACUUACUAGAAAUCAACAAAUGAUUCAAAGUCUGCUGGAUCAGUGAUGUGAAACUUUUGAAGGUUUUAGUGUGACUUUGAAUCAACUGAGCGAGAUUAGCAACACGCACAGUACUAUGAUGCACAGGUUUAUGCUUUGUAUUACAUUAAGCUGCCUUUUCUUUAAGCCCAGCUCAGAGAAUUUGCUUUUCAUAUUUUCUCUCUGACAGAGUCUAAAGGUUCAGUCUUUUAUAUGUUUAAAUCCAGUUUAUGUACAACAUAUCUAUUUUUUUUGUUUUGUUUUUUUGAUUUAUUUUUUUUUUUUUUUUUUUGUGCCUCUCAAAUAUUAACAGAAUGAGAAUUAGAACUUCAGUCUGAUAGGGCCCCAUUUUAGUUGCGAUACAGGUAUUAGGGAGGCAUACUGGGGGAAGCAUGCUUAGCUAACUAAGUCUGUGCCCCCCCCCCCAAAAUGAAGUGCUUUACUGAUAUGCAGAUGAUGUAAAAAUAUAUGCAGUUUUUUUUUAAUAACAUUGCUUUGUGGUCAGACUGUAGAAUGAACUCGAAGAAUGUAACCAGGUAUCUGUACUUACUGGACCCAUAAUGUGGGGCCACAUAGUUGUGAAAAUGGAAUAUAACACCUGCACUUUUCAUGUGCAUCUUAAAACUCCCAUAAGCUGGAGUUUUGAAAAUUCAAAAUAUAGACGGCUUACAGGAAAGAAAGAGGAAGAUGUUAACUUCCAUCAUAGCCUGAUGAGGAGAGGUUGAGGUGUUUUAUUCAGCAUGAGCUCAACCGUUAAAAUAAGUGUGGUGAACACUCCUGAUGUGAAAAACUUCGUCAAAAAUCGCUUUUCUUACAGCUCCUUUAGGUGAGUUGAGCAUAUGCAGUAGUUUUUUGGGAAUGGAAAGGGAAAAUCAAACCCUACAUUCCAACACACUCAUUGUCCUUAUUAUUCAUGUAAUUAUUAUAAUUGUUUUCAGUUGUUAUGAGAAUUUCAGUCCAUUUAAGAAAGGGAGGAGAAGACAGAUGUUACCAUUCUUUUUAGUAGUUUCCUAUUUUUUAAGAAGUUAACCUUUCUCCAUUUAUAAAGUUAGCUAUGGUCCUGUGUUUUGUCUUUUUUAAGAUUUGCAUAUAUCAAACUUGCACAUAUUGCUCUGUUUACUGUAGUUAAUUUGAACUCCUGAUGAAGGUAAUGGACAUUGUUGAUUCUAUGUACAGUGAUGCCUUGGAUGUACAGUGGUGUCUUGAAUGGCUUACAAGAAUGUUUGUUGCAUUUCUUUGGUUAGAUGCAAAUUGCUUUUUGGAAGGGUUUUUUUUUUCUAUUUAAGGGGCCAGAUUCACAAAAGUUUUCUUAAGAAAAAAAACUGGGUAAUUCUUAAUACAAACACUAAGACAUUCUUAACAAUGUUCUUAAAUACAGCUAAAAAAAAAACCCUCAAAAUAAGAGAAUUAUUAAGAGGAUUUUUCAAGAGUAACAAACGUCCCUAACUUUCUUCUUAAGAAUGAAGUUAAGAAGAAACACAUUUAAGAAGAUUUUCUUUCUUAAUACACUUUUGUGAAUUUGGCCCUUGUCUUUUUUUUUUUUUUUUUUUUUCCCCCCAAUACGAGACUGGCCGUGUCUCAUAGUAGUGGUUGGCUUAUCCUCUACAGUGUGAAGUCUGAUACGUGUCCGUGGAGAUGCAGCCUGCUUUUGCGUAUUUUCAUGUUAUAAUCUAAGCAGCCUUGGCAGGACUCCUCACAUCUGGGGGCCGUGUAGACAGCUCGGCUGCAUAGUGACAGAGGGAAAGAUGAUGGCCAAAUGAGUUCUGGGAGUGCUCUGGGUUACGACAGUGUACUGUACAGCUGGAACUCUCAUCCAGUAGUAGGGAGCACAUCUGUACUGAUCAGCAGUGCUUACACCACAAUUUUUUUUCAUAUUCAGUUUUUUUUUUAAGAGUAUGAUUUUUGCAAGAUUUUUUUUCCUGUACAACGUUCACAAUGCGUCCAUAUGCCUCCGGCAUGCUGAAAUCCUGAAUGCUGGAUUUGACUUGGAACUUGUGCUCAACGGGCCAUGCUGUCUUUAAACGCGAAUUCCACCAUUUUUUUUAUGUUCUGUAUAAUUAAAUUGUUAUGGUACGCAAUGUCAUUCCAAGUGGUUUGAUGGGAAGUGGUUUAUUGCUGAAGAGUUUAAUGCCUCAAAAAGCUCCCAUAUAGAAAAGUAUUCCAUGAUCUAGUUAUGAAUGCACCUCUUGAUGUCUGAGACAUUGUUGUACAAUUGUUUUGAGAUCAGCUUUUGACCCAUUCUUGGCAGAGAGUUGCUAGGAGGACAUGGGAAAACAAAAUAGUCUGUCUUCAUUAGUGGUUUUGGAUAGUAAAUAAAAUGGCUAUAUUUGUGUUUGUAGACAUUGUGAGCCCUGGUUCCCAUCACCACCACUUUAAAGAAAUCUGAGUUGGUAAGUUUCUCUACAAUGAAGCAGAUCACGUCAAACCAGUCUGAAUGACUGUUUACAUCUUAACUGUUUAAUUAUGCAACACGUUUUGGAAAAUCACUGAAGUCCUAUUAUACUAGCAGAUCCUUCAGUUGAAUUCUCAAAUCAGGAUUCUUACCACUGGGGAAAAUGAGAGAAAAUCCUGGGGAUUGUUGUGUUAGGCAUUGCUGUUUAAAUCUUGUGGCACUUUGGUGGAAUGUCUAAAGCAUUUUUAAGGUCAAUUUGGCUAAUGUAUCUAACAGCCUACAUUGAUUUAACAUGCUGUAAAUAAAAUCCUCCCAUUCUGUUU